UCAGCAGGCGGCACUGAAACACUCUGCUCUGGUGUUUCUCGAUCCUCUGCCGGCAGAAGCUCACCGGGUCCCGGUAAAACUCCAGCGACUUGUCCCCGAGCACCGACACACCUGCAUUUCCUGCCGGAGCAUGAAAGCCAGGAGUACGCACUGCGGCGUCAGGGUCGGAGGAACGGUGGCGAGGAGCCCGGCACAGGGCCAGAGCAUGGGGGGAUGAGGACUAUCCUCUGCUGACCUUAAUGCAGAUGACCAGUGAUGGCCACAGCAUCACCUCGACAUUUGUUGGAUGACGUAAUAAAUGCAGGACAAGAACAACAUGAACAAAAGCAGGAAUUCCUCAGUUCGCUGGAGAAGAUCGUUCUCACCAUCUUUCUUUCCAUCAUUAUCAUCAUGACAGUGCUUGGAAACCUGCUGGUUAUGGUGGCCCUCUGCAAGGACAGGCAUCUACGAAAGAAGAAGACUAACUACUUCAUUGUGUCGCUGGCAUUUGCUGACUUGCUGGUUGCGCUGGUGGUGAUGCCCUUCGCUGCGAUCGAGCUGACCACCGGCCAGUGGCGGUACGGAGAGAUCUUCUGCCUGGUCCGAACGUCUCUGGACGUCCUGUUGACGACAGCAUCCAUCCUGCACCUCUGCUGCAUUGCACUGGACAGGUAUUACGCUAUCUGCUGCCAGCCGCUGGUCUACAGACACAAGAUGACCCCGGUCCGAGUGGCAGUGAUGCUCAGCGGCUGCUGGCUCAUCCCCACAUUCAUCUCCUUCCUACCCAUCAUGCAAAGCUGGAACGCCAUUGGCAUCGAGGAUAUUAUUGAGGAGAGGCGAGCCUUGGCAGGAGGCUCCAACGACACAAGCUGUGUGUUUCUGGUUAACCGGCCGUACGCCCUGAUCUGCUCUGCGGUGGCCUUCUACGUCCCGUUAGCCCUCAUGGUCCUGGCCUACCAGCGCAUCUACGUCACGGCCAUGACCCACGUGCGGCAGAUCGAGACACUACAGCGGGCCGGCUCCGCUCCCGUCACCGGGACGACUCCGGUGAUCACUGUGAGGUCCUCUACUUCCUCAGAUCCAUCGGAGCACUACCGCCUUAGGUCAACAACGGGCUCCUCAGAGCAGGCUCCCAUAGCGAAUAGCCGCAUGCGCGUUGAGACUAAGGCAGCAAAGACGCUGGCGGUUAUAAUGGGUUGUUUCUGUCUAUGCUGGGCGCCGUUCUUCAUCACCAAUGUGGUGGACCCCUUCAUCGAUUACUCAGUGCCCUGGCAGCUAUGGACAGCCUGGCUGUGGCUUGGGUACAUUAACUCAGGGUUGAACCCCUUCCUGUACGCAUUUCUGAACCGGGCGUUUCGGAGGGCGUUUCUGGUGAUUCUCUGCUGUGGGGAUGAGCGGUACGCACGGCAGGGGAGCUUCACCUGUGGACACACCCACAGAGCGUGCUCGGCUGCUUCAGUCAACGGGACGUCUAUGGCACUGAGGAAAAUGAGGACUGUCAGAAGAAGCAAAAUCCAAAGUUCAUGUGACAAACUCUUUCUUCGCUGUGGCCACGAGAAUUUUUCAGAAACACUGACCUGCAGAAACUUGGAUAAAUAUGGAUGCCAUCAGAAAUUAGUGGCAGGCAACCCGUCUGUAGAGAGUGUGGAUGCAUCCUAAGACGGCACAAUGGAAGAUGACGGGCAGCUUGAAACGAGGCGUCUCAUCCGCUGUCAGAUCUGCCAUAAUCCAUCAGUACUGAUGUUCUUCUGCUGCUUUCCAGAUGGAUUUGGGCUGCAGACAGCUUCUAACUGUUUCUGCUUUUGCCAAAAGAUUGAACCUGAAUAGUCGUGUUUUUCAUACUUAAGUUAUAGUGACUGACAAGGCUGUGUGAGUGUGAUUGUGUUUGUUUGAUUGACAGAAAGAUAGAUAGCAUGUUUUUUGUCUGAGGUGCACAAUAGUGAUCAGCCAGUAGGCCUAGUUCUGCAGUGCUUAGAGCUCGGGCCAGCACUACUGGUGCAGCCAGAUAAAACUCCAGGCUAGGCUGCAUGUUGAUCACUUUAUUUUAUGUUAAUUGAGUUUUAUUAAAUACAAACAACUUUCACUCUCAGGUAUAGAUUGAUAUAGCGAUGGGAUUUCUGAAUCAAUGGGCAAGACUGACUGACUGAAUCUCAGCUGGAGAAGCUUCAUGGUGAAGACACAAUGGCUAUACACACACACACGUCUAGACUUCCAUUUAAACCUUCAAAAAAAAAAUACGUUUCUGCCCAUUAACUAUAAAUGAUGUAAACUUAACAAUUGCUGUCCAUUUUCUAAGGGUUUUUCUUUUUUUCUUGCAGCCAGCGGUUUCUGUUCAUAUCAUUAAUGAAUGAACAUAAGGGAACAUUUGUAGCAACAUUUUUUUGUUAUCAAGUAAGCAAGGACUGGUUUAAAAACUGCAGAUGUCUGCAAGAACGCUUCAACAUCAGAUAUUUGGAUUUGUACCGAUCGGACACCAGUGCUUUUUCCCCCUCAAAUUUAAAGUCUGUAUGAUGCUCCCUCGCUGCAUAGAACUCACUGGGAUCAUCAUUCACCUGCUAAACUAACACUAGCUCCUCCGUAGCACUGUUUUUUACUCCAGCUGCUCAAACAUUAACAUUAACAGCUCUCCUUUAUCGUGCAUUGCUUCAAAACUAGUUCCUGACAAAAAAUAUGCAGAAUAUGUAAUUUUAUAAAAACUAAAUUGAUUAAGUUCUUGGUUUCACAGUAAAGGUCUACCACUGUCUUCCCAUUCCAAUGAAUUUAUUGUGAAGCACAUACAGGAAGUGAUAAGUAACAGCAGCAGCUUAAUGCAUCCAAUUUAGCUCACCACAGCAAAUGAAUGGAGCAGAACAGAAAAAUACAGUAGCCACCUCUGAAACUUUCGGGGAAAAUCUGGGCAUCCUUGAAUGCACCAAUAGUCGUGACAAACAAAUAAAGCCCACAUGAUGUUCAAUGACAUAGGUUAAUCAAGCAAGUUUCUUCAAAUCAAGUUUAUUUUCUAGUAGAAAAUCAGUCUUACCAUCAAUGGUAAACUUUGGAAAAUAGUCCAGGUGAUGAAAUAUACACAUACACUUGCUUUAUUUCAAUAAAAUUAUAGUAAGCAGGUUUGAAAUAUAUAAUAAUUUUCUUUAGAGCUGUACUCAAAUUUACACAAUAACUUGACAACUCUCUAAUUGCUGGGAUCACAAAAACAUGGGUCGCUAAAAGAAAAGGCCAGAAGAGGUUGAGAAAUGCUGCUGCAUUAUAUUCACUGUAUCAUUUUCAUUAAUAAUUUACUAUGAGUCACAAGAUAAAGUUAGGCUUAAUGAUUGGGCAGGAUUGCAUCCAACAAAAAGGAUGUAAUGUUAAAAAAUGCAAAUAAGAGGCAAGUGAAAUCAUCUUUGAUACACACACACACACACACACACACACAUACAGAGUCUAAAAUAGAAGCAGCGCCUCUCUAUCAGGUCGUCCAUCUAUGAGCAGGAAGUAGCUUGGUUUAACUUCAAUGGGGUGGGAGAGAUAAGGUCCAAAACUCAGUCUUAUGAAAUAAUUUUCAUUCUUCUCUAAUAAAACAAGCUCUGUUUGGAGAAAGGAAGGGAUUUUCUUUGUUUUCUUAAAGCCAGUGCACAGACGCAGAGAGACGGCACUGAAGCUGCGUGAUAUGGGUAAAAUGACCACAUUAAAUAAACUGAUCUCAUUCCAGUGAACUGCAUAGCCCUGUAGAGUAGGAUUUAAACACUUUAAAAUAAUAUUCCCAUUUUUGUUCUCAUUUUGUAAGAUUCUAAUUAGUAUUUUCUUUUGAUUUAAACAUACCAGUCUUUCAGCAUAGUAUGACAUAACUGAAAGAUUGUCUCUAGACACUCAUACAUGGAUUUCCAAUAAAUUACGGAGGUCCAGAUUUAGAGGAAAUAACACUCUAUUUACCCAGACUGAUCAAAUCAGAACAUCAAACACUUGCCAGUAUGAUGCUAAUAAAAAUGACACGUUAUAUAUUAAUCAAGACUGUGCUGAAUGUAUUUCUUUUAAGAUCUGUUGGGAGAUGGUGUCAGGUCAUUGCAUGAAUAGAUUUCUUCGUUCAGAAUGGCUGCUGCUGUAUCAUCCACAGCAAAAUAGCAGAAAACCAAACAUAAAACGCAGACGACUUUCUGUCCUAGAAACCCAGAUCAUGCUCAAAAAGGGGGCUGCAGGACACCAGUGCGGAUUGAUGCUAAAGUAUGCAGUUUGUGGUUCAGUUGGUCAGUGUUGAAGUUUCUUUUCAAAGACACAUUUGUGCUACAACUUCUGAAUGCAGUAGUAAGUGAUCCUCGAGCAUAGACUUCAACAUAUGUGUACGUUCGUCACUGUGUGGUCAAUAUUCGUAAUCUUCUGAGAAGCAGAGACACUCCAGUUGAGCGUCUCGGGUGUCUCAGAACAUGUUUGAUGUUAGAGGAGGAAUGAAUUUGGACUCCAGACCCUCAUCAUCUUCUAUCACUUUCUGUCCUCUCGAUGUUUUCAUUCGGUUUGGUCUCAAGCAAGAGAGAAGAGAGACUCUUCCAUUUUGGAAUGACUUGAGGUUUUUUGGAAAGAAACGUCUGCCUCCGAAAUGAGGUGGAUGAGAGCAGCAGGUAUCUUAUGAGUUUACCAGCAGCAAAAGAAAUUUCAGGGAGGAAUGUUUAAUUGUUUAAAGACAUUGUUUAUAGCAGUGUGUAGAAAGAAGUAGAAGCAAAAUAUCUGGCUCUCUAAAAGCCUGUAAUGUAUUAGUAAUAAGGAGUGUCCUGUGUGACAUCCACAAUCUCACAUGUCAAAACAAAAACAAAUCAAGCUACUGUGAUAUAUGGCAGGGUGAUACCUGGUAAAAAUGUCUUUUUGUUUACCAUGGGAAGAGCUCAUAUAUCAUAGAAGAGUGGUUGCACUUCUGCUUCCUGUUUCUGUGUUUAGGGCAUUUUUAGGAUUGCGUGUCAACACAGUUCAGGUGCUCCUAAAUUAUAAUUAACUAGAUCCCAAGUCGCAUCCUUCGACUCCCAGUUGAUCUGCCCAACAUAUUUGUCGUUCUGGAAACACUGAAGCCUUACUGGCCCAGAUACCAGGGUAUCACAAUGAAUCCACAAUGCAUUUCCCUCGAGUGCUGGAGAUGUCCAAGUAAUGCUUCAUUCUGUUCUAUUUAUGUGUGUGUGUGGACACAAGUAUAGGCCUGUUUGCUUUGGUAAACGGUCAUAGUAAUGUUAAGUAUUCACAGUUUGUAAUUAAUGGGCUAACACAUGUGAAACCUGCAGUAUGGUCUCACAGGUGGAAAUCAGUACUUUGUUAGCAAAGCUAGCUCCUCCAGUAACAUCGGCCCUGCUCCUCAGUGUUCAUGUGAGAAAACAUGCCUUAUCUUCCCUCUUCAUCAGCGCUCCCUCCUCAGUACUUCUGCUCCCAAAGCGAGGAGAUAAGAAUGAAAUUUGAUUAUUUAAUGUUCCCGAAAGAUAUCAGCACAAAAUUAAAGGAACACAAACCUCUCUUCUAUCUUGUGUCAAUCUCUCUUAAGGUCACGUUACAGAUCAGAUGAUGUUUUUACACAAGUGACUCUGUGUCUGUUGUACGGGACAGCAAUGUUGUUUUGUAACUGAGAAGGAGACAGGGAAUUUCUGCAACUUGAGUGGUGUGCCGAGUGGAAAUAUGAAAGGGUGCAAAGUAUGACUUGUCACGGUUUUUGACAGCAACAACAGGAUUGUACCUGAGAUAUUUACUCUCACAAAAGACAUGCAAGCAAAGAUUGAUGAGAUAAAGCUGCUGCAUCCCUAUGUACAAUAUGUACAUAGGGAUUAUUUCUUGGCAUGAUCAUUUCAGCUUCUAUAUUUAAAUAUACUUGAAUCCUAAACAAGGACCGGUACUGAAUGCAGCUUUAAUACAAUUAUAACACAUUUGGUCCUCAUUAAAAAACAAAUAUAUGCAUCAGUCAUGACUGCAGUGUUUACCUUUUAUAAUGGUCUUAUAAAGACAUUUUAGGGUCAGGGUUUUAAUGAGGCCUUGGGGGAAAAGCAUCCUUAAAGUUUUAUAAGUUUUGUUUGUCAAAUAUCCACAUAUCAUAGCAAGAGCUGUAAAUUUACAGGGAAAAAGGGGAGUUUGACCAUCAGAAAACAAUCAGCAGCCUGAAGCAGUAGAAACUGUUGACACCACACAGCCGGGAGUAGAGGAAACAGCCAACACACACAAAUAACUGCCUAAACAAUAAAUAAAACCAUAAAUAUAGUUUCAAAAACCUCAUCUGAAAUGCCUGCUGUCAGUUAAAUUCCCUCUUUCCCCAAAAGACCUAAAAUCCCUCUAAGAAUCAGAUCAAGGAGUCCAACUUUCUUCCUUUCUCACGAUCUUUUCCUGAGCAUGUAGCUUUUUGAUGUGUGUUUUGAUCUACGGUUUCAAUUUGUCGGACUGGAAUUCAGCCAUAGAUCAAACUAACUGACAGAUAACAGCAAAUUUGGCAGCAUACAGGCGCCAGAUGCAGUUAUGAACAGUAAGUUGAAAACAUGACCUGUGCUGGGCUGUUUUUAACUUACCUUUUUUUCUGAGAGCUGCUUCUCAGGAACUCAGGCACGUUUCCACUGAAAGAUCUCGAGUUAGUGGAUUGAAAUUGAUUAAUUAAUUAAUGCUUUAAACGUAUUUAAUAGUUAUUGGAUGGCAUUGAAAGUACAGUUAAUUUGAAUAGCUUACUUCUCUGUUUUCGGAUGUGUGACAUCCUGAUGAUGGAGGUUUGUGUUGAUCCAGCCACAGUUUUUUUUCCCAGGGGAAUCAAAUGGAUAUUGUUUUAGGAAUAUAUUAUUCCAAAAUUGUCAGAUAAAAUAAUUUGUUACUUCAAAGUCAUUUCAUUUCUUUGAUUCAUUUGCACAAUCAGAACAAAAAAAUUAAGCCUUUGUUAUGUCUUAUUUAAAUCAGUGUCAUAUCUUUAUAUCUCUCCAUUUGCUGUUUUUUAAAUUGCAGUCUUUAAGAUUUCAGUCCUGGUUGAUUUGGCGACACCUGUGGUUACCGUGGUAACCACAAGUGAGUAUUAAUACAACAGCAAACAGUCCCUGAGCAGCUACUUUGUCAAAAGUACAACAGAAGAGCAGCUGGCUUAUCUGUUUACAGCACAGCCAAACAAACUCUCAUUGUAUUAAUAAGGAAGUCAGUCAAUAAAAAUUGCAACUGAGAUCUGAUUUCAUGCUGCACACGGAGUAAUUUUCCACACAACAGCAGACAGUAAACUUGGUUACCUUUCUGAGGGGAUGGAAGUGUGCAGAUGUGCUUUCUUGUCUCCUUCUUGUUGUAUUAUUCCCUCCAUUAUUUAAAAAUGAUCUACUGUCAAAUAAUGAUCAAAAUGACCAUGUCCUGUUUUGUAACUACAUUUUUAUUGUGUGCAGCAAUAGGAUAUGUUGGAUUUGCAUUAGCAGUAACUUAAUACAAUCAAUGAGAGUAAGGCUGGAUUACAUGCUGCAUCAUUUCCUGUGAAUCCCAUGUGUGAGUGAAGGUAAUUUAAAUCCAGUGCAGGAAUGGCGGACUCUGCCACUCAGUCACAAUGAAAACUAGGAAAAGAGGUAAUGCAAAAAAAGGCAGGCUAUAAAUAGUGUCAAAAAUGGGGUUUCAUGUCUUCUUAAACAAACAGAGCUUAAAAUUUCAGUGUACAUCAGCUCUGCUGUUGCCACCCCUGCAGUUCAGUUCAGGUUUAGUUGCUGCUUAUAGUCUCAGAAUAAAAACAAACAUAUUUGAAGAUUCCCAUGAGAAAUUAGUAAAAUACCACGAGUCGUUUCCUUCUGAUCGUGCAGGAGGCUUCACUGUUCCCUACAAGUUUUUAUUUUGAUCAUAAAUGACAAGGCUAACACAGCCUCACAAAACGUUUAACUGCCCUCAGACAAAACAAAAUGAUGGAAAAUUACCAAAGUGCACAUGAGAAAUCCCUCUCACCUUUUCCUUUUUUUCUCUCUUGGACAGUGAAAAAGCAGAAAGCAAGACAAAUUAGAGGAGACACAGGAGGGAAAGCUCUGGUGUGAGUUAACCACUAAACUAUCUCUGGACAAAGCGUUAGCCCUGCAGUUUCUUCAUGAAACUGAUGUUAUAAAAUUUGAUUUAACUUGUGGGGAAAGCUCCCUUUUUUUAAAUCUGGGAAUGUUCCGUUAUAGAGGGAAAAAAUAGCUUUUGAGGAAAGAUGUGGGCUGUGCAUUACACUAAUAUAUUUAAUGUGUGUAUGUCAUAUAUCAUCUGAUAUGUGUCGUCAAAACAUCUGCUUCGGCCUCACAGAUAAGAUUUAACAUGCUUAUGAACACUACCAAAUAUGUAAGUCCAGCAAAGUGACCUGUAUCUCAACUGAAUGGGAAUUAAUUUGCGGUGAUAAGAAGUAUAAACAACAUCAUUACUCAGCGGUAUAUUAGUGUUUUGGUCAAACUGUACAUGUGAAUUUAAAAGUGAAUCAGUCUUAAACUGCAGGAUGAAACUGAAUCCCAAAACACUCCCAGAUGUUGAAGAAAGUAUUUAUUUAAUGAUGCUAAAUGUAAGCAUACAUUUGUUUAUAACUGAGUUAAUGUGGUUUUGACCUUCAUCCCUAUAAAGACGUUGCAUGUAGUUCUCACAUAAUGCUGUCCAGGGUGAGAUCCCCUGGGAUAAGCAGGGUUUUGUUUCAUCUCGUAAAGAGCAAUAGAUGACAAAAAAAAUCAUUUUGCAUGAGGGUCUAUUUAAGGAUUUCUGCAUGACAAUUCAAUUAAACUCAAUAAACGUCUAAUCUUCCUCGAGGCAGUAGGGACUGCUGUUGCUGGCAGAGGUUUGUUGUUGUGGUUCCAAAGAGAAACUGCCGCUAUCCUUUUUCAGACUACUUAGUUACUCAAGUUGAAGAAUGCUUAUGUAGAGACUAUGUAGUACAAACCCAGGAUACUAUCGAUACUAGAGGUGUAGACAGAUACAAAUACGGUAUGCACAGAGAAUGUGCUCUGAACAGAAAUUGACACAAUUUACUGACAAACAAUUUUCCACAAACGUAACACCACGUCUUCCCUGAGUCAUAACUCAGUCAAAUCUAAACACACAUGCAUCAUACACACCUUGUUACAAUCAGCAAAUUUAUGUACUGUAUGUUUAGUAGGAAAAGUAGUGCUGCCCAAGAUUGCUUUGUUUAAUGGUUAUAGGGUUAUAUUUUUAUUAUUCCAUGUUAAUUUGUAAUCCAGAUCCCUGUUUCCCUGAAUUUCUACCUCAGUAUUUCAGGGUGGUGUUGUCUAAUACUGAUCCCUCCCCUGGUGGCUGUUGGGAAUCUCAUCCACAACUGUGUGACAGACAGACAGUGAGACAGAGCUGUGUUUGGACAAUAAACACACUCACCGUACAGAAAACACACAAGACAGAGGAGCAGAAGUUACAGAACAUUUAUGUUUAUACUUCUCAUGUCGCCUCCUCACCCUGGACAUACCUCCAUGUGGGACUGUGUGUGUGUGCGUGUGUGUGGUCAUUGUAGUGAAUGGUCUGAUAACAACUAGCUAAUCACGGGGACUUACCAGAAGGAAUCCACCCGGACUUCCAUUCAAGUGUGUGUUUGCUUGUGUGUGUGUGUUUUCUAGUAGUCCCUUGCUCAUGAGGUCCUACAGCCUUCACACACAAGGACAGAUUACUAAAUUCCUCCACAGUAAAGACUUUCUGCCACUUCAUGCUAGAUUAGGGUUUCCAUUUGUACUGGGAUUGAGGGCAAAUUUGAGUUAAUUUACGGUUUGACCAAAGACACACUGGUGGAAAGACACAUUACUCUCAUUCUCUCAGUGGAACGCUAAACUGGUUAACACUGAAAAACAUGUUGGAGUGAAUGGGGAAUUUAAACCGCAGUAUUUCGUUUUUUUCUCUCAAAAUGACUCUGGUCACUGUGGUAUUCUUUUCUUUUCUUCCACACUCAUCAACACUGAAGGUCCAAAUGGAAGUAACAUUUCGUCGCUGUCAAGUGAAAACCAUGUAUCUCCAAAUGUCAACUUUUCAAGAGCUAAGAAAAACAGCCCUGUUUUCAGCUUUGACAAAAUGUACUGUACUUUUUCAGACAUCGCACUGGGUUUUUAGAGGUUUUAUUUACCUUAAAAAGCAGGAGAAUCUUCUUAACCCAUAAAGGAACACUUAAUACUUAGGUUUUACUAAAAAAUACAAAAUCGUUUGGAAGAGGAAACAAUUAAUAGUUUAAAAGUGAACAUCCCCACUGUGUCUAUGAUAAUUAUCCACUGCAUUGUAACUAUGUUUUCACAGCUACCAUAAGGUUGGUUAAAACUGAAGCUCCAAAUAGGGUCUUCAAAAAGAAAGAGAUGUAGCUCUUAUUUCCCCUGCAGAGGGCAGAAAAGCACAGAAUGAAUUAUGGUUAAUGGUAGAUUUUCACAAAAUCGUUGUCUAAGACUAUUUGUUAAAAAUUUUGACUAAUUUAAAAGUUACUAUAUGCAGGUAUUGUAUGUGAUUAUAGCAUAUUUCAAAUUAUGCUGAUGGCAUAAAUUUAUUAUUUGUCGAAAAAUGUGAGAAAGGUGAGAACUUCAGCAACUGGAGGCCAGAAAAAACACGAUUUUCAGCUGGUGUCAAGUUGGUCUUUAAGUAGAUCUAUAGAGACUAUAGAGCGUAUUUACAGUAACAUGAUAAUGUGUGUGCUAAACUAACUGGCAACGUACUUUUGUAGCUUGCUUUUGUGUUAUCUAUGCAAUGCUGACAAACAGUCAAUGUCUUAUCUUUAGUAAAAGGCCAGUAUUAGCCUGAUAUAUGUCUAACUUUAGUGUCUACAAAGUGACAUGUAAUUACUGAAUUUUUAUUGUCACAAUAUCUAGUACCUGUGUAGUGUAUAGUACUUGGGAACACUAAAACUGUCAUGGCUGUAAAACUACCAGAACAUAUUGGACAAACAUCCAUUUGGAUUAUAAACAAAUAAAUUUUGCUGCUGUUUUUUUGAGCUUACUUGGUAGUAAACAGAGCAGUGAAAACACACAGUACACACUAAAUAUUUUCCUUUUUGCUAUGUUAAGCAUUUUUAUAUUUAAAAGUCGAACUUUAAAUAAACUGUCACUGCAAAAACAAAUGCUAAAAUGUCCUUUUGCCAUUUUAAAUUAUUAUUAUCUGCUUGUAAGCUUCAGAAACAGCCGUCCUCUUCCUCCCUCUUCACAGAGUACUUUGCUGUCUGCUUUGAGAAGAAUGUCGACGAUGGUUCCCAGUCGUUCUUUAAUCAUUUCCCAUGCCUCUUUUCUCUCCUAUUCCCACUGACGCCACAGAAACUCUUCUCUG